AUGUCUUGGGGCUCAAGGGCAACACGAGCUGUUUCCGUCGCGGGUCUUUUCGGAUUGACAACAGCUUCAACUCCCCAGAAAGAAAAUUCGCCAACUUGCCCCAUCCUUAUUCAUAGACCUGAACAGCAAAAAGGAGAUGUUCAGCUCAGUAGAAAAGUUGUCAAUCACCUCGAUAAAACUGGAUUGAAUCUUCGUCUUUAUCAAUACGAGACUUGUCCUUUCUGUUGUAAGGUCAGAGCUUUCCUAAGUUAUUAUGGAUUCUCACAUGAGGUUGUAGAAGUCAAUCCUGUUACGAGAUCUCAAAUUAAAUUCAGUACUCAGUACAAAAAGGUUCCAAUCAUAAGAAGCAACAAUGAGGAAACUCUGUAUGAUUCUUCUCUUAUCAUAUCAAUGUUGGGUACAUAUCUCCAUCUGAAAGAUCGUUCCUUAUCUGAAAUUGAAGCCAUGUAUCCUUCUGUAGAUAGCGUCGAUGCUAAGGGAAAACCUUCGAAAAAUUACCCCAACAAGUAUUUUAUUAUGUUAGAAAAAAUUGCUUCUGAAAAGGAUAUGGCCAGUGCUAAAGAAGAGAGAGAAUGGAGGGAAUGGGUUGAUGAUCAUUUCAUCCACCUGAUCUCACCUAACGUCUAUGGAACCUGGGAAGAAGCUUUGAGUACUUUCAAAUGGUUUGAACAAGUUGGUAACUGGGAAAUCAACUUCCCAUAUUGGGAAAGAAUUCUCGCUGUAUAUGUAGGAGCUGCUGCUAUGUGGGCAUUGAGCAAACGUCUGAAGAAGAAGCAUAAUAUUGAUGAUGAACGUACCGCUUUACGGGAUGCGUGUAAUGCAUGGAUGGAUGCUAUCGGUCCAAAUCGCAAGUUUAUGGGUGGAGAUCGUCCAAACCUAGCUGAUAUAUCCUUGUAUGGAGCAAUGAACUCUUUCUAUGGAUGCCAAGCAUUCAAAGAGGUAAUUGUCGCAGGAAGCAGAAUAGGCGACUGGCAUACCAGCAUGAAGAAGGUUGUGGAAGAACACGAGGGUAGAACCAUAUUAGAGAGUAUCAGAAAACAAUGA